CUCUCAUUCCAAAAAAAAAACUCCCGAAAACAAAAAUCCCCAUCUCAGAUGAGCGACGAGGGCGGCGCCGAGAUGACCAGCCGCCGCCGCCUCCACUCGGCGCCGGCGGCGCCGCUGGACGGCGAAGACCUCCUCUGUCAGAUCCUCGUCCGAAUCCCCCCGCUACCCUCUUCGCUCCCGCGCGCCGGCGCCGUCUCCAAGCUCUGGGCGCGCGUGGCGGCCGACCCAGGCUUCCGCCGCCGCUUCCUCGCGCACCACCGGAAGCCGCCGGUCCUGGGCGUAUUCGAGAAGCUCGGGCAGGAUCUGGUAUUCUCCCCCAUCCUCGACCCUCCCGACCGCAUCCCUCCGGGGCGCUUCUCCCUGUGCCCCGAGCAGGAGGCGUCGUUCACUCACUGGACCCUGCUCGGGUGCCGCCACGGCCGCGUCCUCGCCAUCGGUAGCUUCAGUAGGCACGCUACGCUCCUCGUGUUCGAUCCCGUCUCCCGCGGCCGCAGCUACGUGCCCGUUCCGAUGGAUUUCCGGUUCAAUCUGUGCAACGUCAGGGGAACCGUGCUGUGUGCUGCCGGCAACGGCGAGGGCCACGUGCACGGAGACUGCCACUCAGGCCCCUUUAAGGUGGUCUUGCUAGGCACCAGGAGCCGCCAAGAGCCAGCCAUGGCCUGCGUGUACUCCUCGGAGACCGGCGUGUGGGGACCGCUUGUCUCGACGGCAGAACCGUGUGGCGCUCCGGUUAGCCGUUUCCCCUGCACCCUUAUUGGCAGCGCCCUUUACUGGUGGCUAAAUGAUUCCGAGGAUGCGAUGCUCGAGUUCGAUUUGGAUGCCCAGAGACUGGCUGUGGUCAGGAGGCCUAUUUUUGCAGGCAUUGGCAGCAGCUGUAUCCGGAUCAUCAGGGCCGAGGGUGGCGGUGUAGGCUUUGCCGUCUUGGUGUACCCCAGCUUCCAGUUGUGGGGCCGCAAGUUCAGCAGUGAUGGCGUCGCCACAUGGAUGCUGCAGAGGAUUGUUAACAUGCAUGAGGUCAUUGGUCUGCCGUCUGGGAUCGAGACACGCAAUGAAGCUAUAGUGGGGUAUUCCGAGGAUGCUGAUGUGGUUCUCAUAUCUGUGUCCACUAAGCAAGAACACUCCACUAAGCAUCAACACUCUGCCUUCAUCGUUCAGCUGGAUUCGAUGCAGUCCAGGGAGCUUAGUCGGAGUUUUUUGGAGCAUUCAUACCAUCCGUUCGCGUAUUUCUAUACUGCAGGUGCCGUGCAACUUCCAAUGGUUAAUAGUUGAGGUUUCACCUCUCAUAUGCCCCUAAUUUGAGGUACUGCUAAAGCGUGAAGUUCUGCUUCAGCCAUCGAGUCACCGCAGCAGCAGGGUCUAUUCCUAUAUCAGCAUACAUCUCUUGAACCACUGAUCUGACUUCAAAGGUAGUCGCAUGGUUCAAUUGAUCAGUAGGUUUCUUGGCACCAGCCACCAGUUGCCUCUGGUUCUUUUAUCAGCACUUGGUGGUCGAGUUGAAUCGAAGAUUAGGAAUUAAGUAAGCACUAGUCCUUACUCUUAUUAUGAUCUCUUUGCAGGUUACUAAAAACGAGUGUUCUGUCAUGGUUAUUUGACAGAAGUAAGAAAACACAGAAAUGUAGGCUGACAGAAAUGGAAACUGUGUUUUCUUUUGAGAGAUGGAUACUGUGAGUUGCCUUGCGACCUUGCUUUGAAGCAAAAGUUCAUUUAUUGUUUCCUAGUUUUAGGACAGUAAUAAAUACCAGUGCAAACAAAAGAAGGGUUAUAAGCCAGUUUUGAACUCGUCAAAGAAUAUCAGUAAAAACUAAAGCAUACCUUGACUGUACAUCAAAAAAAUUCCUUAGCAGAUACUUUACGUUGCUUUUUUUUUUGAACCAUAACUUCGGAUUUGGGGCAGAUGGAAAGUUGCUGGUACAAAAUAUUUAUGUGCUCCUUGAAUUAGAUAUUUUUAUGAUGUAGAGCCCGCUGUGUUUUUAUCGACCAACUGGUUCGCCCUUUUGCUACAUGUAGCUUAAUUAUAAAUGUUCUAGAAUUGGGGGUUUCGGUUUUCUGCAGUUUCCUUGAUUCAGUAGAUGCGUGGUGUGCUAAAUACGCUGCGCUGGUGCUUGAUCGAUCGUUUUUUCUGCUCACAUCAAUAGUUUAGGUCUAAAUUUAUUCAUCCAUGCAUUCAAGGCAAAUAUUUGUUUGUGUAGAAUUGGUUGUUUGGGGUAUGCCAUCUUUUCAUACAUGGCAUGUUCAUUGUUAUAUCUCUGUUACAUUUAUCAUCUAGGAUACUAUAAUUGAACAUCAUGUUUGGUAAAACUGCAAUUACCGAACAUCAUGUUUGUCCCUUAUUUCUUGUUAUAUAAUUGUUACUAUUACUAUGUUUUAAACUUACAUGAUAUAUAUCAAGUCUACUAGGUAUCUUUAUUCUUUCCUGUUUUGUGCUCUGCCCCAUUUUUGGUUGCCUUCCUCUCAUGUUUUGUAUUUUCAGUUUGCACAAGAUAUGCAUUUUUACUUUGACCUUUUGCUUUGUUCACACUGUUAUGCAUUAAUCUUUGGUUAUGUUGCUGUUAUUCAGUUUAGAUAUGUACAGUUACAAGCAUAUCUUUAUUUAGGUGAAUAGCCAUUGUAUACUGAAUCAGUGGGCUAAGAAAUUUUAGAGAGAAGUGCAUAUUACAAUCUUGAAAUAAUGCCCUAGUUUAAGUUACAACCAUAAACUUGAAAACUGGUUAGAACACAUCCCUGAAUUAUUGAAACCGUCUAAUUUACUCCCAGGGAUACAGUUGGCAGUUGGUUUCGUAGCUGCAUCUCUCUGAGAUUUCUCUGGAGAGCAGGCCGUCGCUGCAUCCUCCUGCCUCGACCAGCGCCGCCCCCCACCUCACCUCAGGCCCUCAGUCUCCAGCCUCCCUCACCUAGGACAGUAGGACUCCGAUGGACCAUGUUGUCACCUCGGUCCCGUGCGCAACCCCCACAGUUUAACCUUAGCCACCACCACUGCGUGUUUCCGCCGUUGGCACGCCAUCCAACUGCGUCGUUUCUGGCCGAUUCCUCGCACCAGCGAGAUUGCAAGGACACGGGGAGUCCAAUACCGUGGUCAGACGCUCGAUUCAUAUCGAGCCAAUUGAUGGAAUUUUGGCUAUCCUCGUCAAUGCUUUCGAGCCAUCACGAGCAAAACCCGCCGAUUAAUUUUGAGAAUCCACAGUUGGAGCUCCAUCAAACAUUGACCACCACCCAGCAUCUCUUCCGCGAGACUGAGGCUGCCCCGAGUCAUCUUCUAGCCCAGCUCCUCUAUCCCGAGCUCCUCCACAUCCUGGUGCAUGGUCACCACCACCGUGCCUCCGCAGCCGCUGGCCAUGCAACAAAGCAUGCCGACGAUCCUGGCUGUGGUAAUGGAGUUGAGCCAGGAGGUGGGCUCGUCUUGGAGCAGCAGGCUCUGAUCCACUGGCCAGCAUCUCUAGCCCAAUUCUGAUCUGCUCGUGCUCACAGCUGGAGAGGCCAUGGACGCCGCUGACCAUGAUGUGAGCCACUUUGGUGAGGCCUGGCUCCUGCACCACUCCUCCACCUGGGCGUGCUUCUCUUGAAAUUUUAUCCCCUCACAAGGUUGGUUGGUUUCAAGAUUAUUACUCCCUCCGUCCCUACACACUAAAACGACAUGCGAAUCUAGACAAACCUGCGUCAUUUAAUUUGGGAUGGAGGAGUAUUGUUUUCUCCUGAUGGAAACUUUUAGGAAAGCACAAAUAAGAAUUAUCUCGGUAAUGUCCAAGCCCUGUAAUAUUGUUUUGAAGAUUAAAUUGAGUUAGCUAAGUUUCACUGUAAAUAUUUCUAAUGAUGUAAUCUUUAAGAAUGUUACAAAAUUUCAAUCGAUUUGCUCUAAGGAUACGAAUCAUGAAGAAUUGUCCCUGUUCGGUUAAGCAAGCUAAAUUCACUAUUUCGCCAUUGCUUGUUGCUUAUGUUUGAAUUAUCUUUAUAUUUGACUAAAUGCCCUACUAAUAGUACUUCCUGCUUUGGUGAAGAAGUAUGACCCUAUUGCUUUUAACUCUUAAAUUGCCAUUUUUCUAAUUGCCUUUUGACACAAGCAAGGACUAUGUCUCUAGGAUUUUGUGAUAUCCUUUUCCUAUGGUUUUGCUGGAUAUAAUCAGGUCAGUGCAUUUUAUUAUUUUCUUCAAAGCCUACCUACAUGGUUUAUUACCAUCUCUCUUUGGUACCAGCGAGAACUCUGUCUAUGAUUUUUGGUAUGUAGGGAUGCUGUUGAAUCCUCGGUUGCUUGGCCUGGCAAAAAGCUGUAAUCUGGAACUGGUCCUGCAAUCAUCUGAGAUCUUGUGGGUUUACGAAGGUGAACGCUCGUUGGCAAAAUAAGGAAUGGGGUUGUCUUAUGUCAAACCCUUGUUAAUCACCUGUCCUGGAAUGUCUAUGAAUGUACAUAACUGGAACGUUGCUCUAUUUUCUAAUCCCUCGCUGCUGGUGCAGGCUUGAAUUCCUCCAUUACUCUGCUGUUACUUCGUGUUAAAUUUGGGUGUGCUAAUUUGCCCCAACUGAGACAUAGCCUAAAGACUAUAGUGGGUCUUCAUUUUUCUGUGUGGUUCAGUACAAUUUAACCCCUGUAGACCGAAAACUCUGAAGCCAAAGAGGGCAGCGACGCAGCUCUCAAGCUUACAAGAAGGGUUGAAGAUAUAAGUUUUUUUCUGAUGGUUGAAGAUAUCAUUUCUUUUUGUGGUGGGUUGAAGCUACCAGGCUACUAAUAAGGAACAAUCUUGGACCUUCAUUGCAGGCUCUUGCAAAUGGUAUCCACGGAUGAUUAAAGUCAAGAUGUUCUACUGAGAAUUCGCAACGAUCACAAAUUCUGGGCGUCCAAAGGAACUGUAGUACCUCCUGAUGAUGAGGGAGAAGAGCAAGGAAGUAUUGCUUUAGACAAAAGGUAUCAACAACUCAAUCAAGUGAUAGCUAACUAUACGAUACGGCGCAGAAUUUGUAAUACACGUUUUAUUGGCAAGUAUAAGUCAAAAGCUUUAUACAGAACAUGUUUGUGUGAUAAUUUGCAAACAGCCUACCAGAUUUUAGUUCUUGUACCACAUGGUCCAGCAUUGUGAGAAUGGCACGGUCAAUUUGCCACUCAAGUACAUGGUCCAGGCUUGUCAGAAUGGCAAGCUGGGUUGAGCUAAAGGAGCACCAAACCUCUUCCUACGACCAUAUGGCUCCCCAUUCCACCUAAAUUGCUGAACAUGCGGGGGUGUAAAUGGUACGGAUAAUUUUUGAUCUGGAUCCGCAUUUGUUUUUAA